AAAAUAUCGGUAUCAAUAACGAACAUACUCGACAAACAAAGGCCAAAUCCAAAGCCAAACUAAACAAUAGGAAGUGUGAAAAUCAUCAUGGGAAACUGUCUUAAAAUUAACAGCUCCGAUGACAUUUCGCUCCUGCGCGGUGACAGUGUCAGCAUUCACGGCCAUCAGGAUCAGCUUCCGCAUGAACAGCUACAACAAGUAUUUUACCCAGCACCCUCUGUCUCCAUAAUGCCUAUACCAGCUUCAUCAACUACUAAUUCGCAUAUGUCGGAGGAAGACCAGAUCAAGAUAGCAAAACGAAUCGGGCUAAUGCAACACUUGCCAAUCGGAACAUAUGACGGCACUACCAAAAAAGCUCGCGAAUGCGUCAUCUGUAUGAUAGAAUUUUGUCGGGAUGAGGCUGUGCGAUACUUGCCGUGCAUGCAUAUCUAUCAUGUACAUUGCAUAGACGAUUGGCUAAUGAGGAGUCUCACCUGUCCCAGUUGCUUGGAGCCCGUCGAUGCUGCGCUGCUCACAAGCUAUGAAACAACAUAGCGCAACCCAUCUAUAUCCAAAGGGGUUGUGGGGGGUGCUUCUGCUCAGUCGAUAUAUACUGUCGCUGUAGUUUAGGUUGUCAGUUGAAUUGGGGGGGGGGGG